GUUUUAGCCCCAGCAGUGGGGAAUAUUGCAGGAGGGUGGAAGUGUCAACAGAGCAACGGCUGUGUCUUCUGUCCAUCUGUCAAUCACCAGUCCGUAUGCUGCUUCCACCCAUGGUUUUGUUCUUCCCAAUACCCCUCUCCUCCCCAGUCACUCUCCAGGCUUGCACAUGGUCGGAAACAGCACUGAGCAAGGCAUUAAGAGGAGGGAGGCCAGGAGGGCAAUCAAGAAGGAGGGAGCAAGAAAGGCCCAUGAUGCCUAAAUCCGAUUUGCCUUGCGUUAAAGAGCUUGGGGGCAAAUGUGAUCAGUGCAACCAAAAUAGCCCCACUCUUUGUGUGUAUAGUGUGUGUGUGUGUGCACGCAUGCACACUCACAGCCACCAGGUGUGGCAAGUGGAGGGCUCCGUGGUCCUCUCAACCCUCUUCCCCCGCCUCAGGGAGUCUAUAUAAGAAGGUGCCGAGGUUCCAGCCAUUCCACUAGCUCUGUUGAAACAGGACGAGGCGGACGAGCUCGGAGCAUUGGCGGUGCGGGGUGAGCGUACAGCCAAACCAUGGGCAAUAGUAAGAGUGGGGCCCUCUCCAAGGAGAUCCUUGAAGACCUGAAGCUGAACACCAAGUAUUCGGAGGACGAGCUGUGUAAAUGGUACGAGAGCUUCCAGAAGCAGUGCCCGGACGGGCGCAUCAGCAGGUCCGAGUUCGAGAAGAUCUAUGCCCAGUUCUUCCCCAACUCUGACCCCAAGGUGUAUGCCCGGCACGUCUUCCGAAGCUUCGACACCAACGAUGAUGGGACCCUCGACUUCCGGGAGUACAUCAUUGCCCUCCACCUCACCUCCACCGGCAAGACCAACCUUAAGCUAGAGUGGGCUUUCUCGCUCUUUGACGUGGACCGCAAUGGAGAAAUCAGCAAGAACGAGGUUCUUGAGAUCGUUACGGCCAUAUUUAAGAUGAUUCCUCCAGAAGAGCAGAAAACCCUGGCUGAUGAUGAAAACACCCCCCAAAAACGGGCCAACAAGCUGUGGGCAUAUUUCGGCAAGGGAGAAACAGACAAACUUGCUGAAAAGGAGUUUAUUGAAGGGGUGAUGAAGAACGAUGCAAUAAUGAAGCUCAUCCAGUACGAACCAAAGAAAAAAUAGGGGGUUGGGGGUUGGAAGAGGAGGAGGAGAAAACACAGAGAUGUAAGAAUAAAUGUAUGCAUGAUGGGAAAGAUGGGGACACUGAACACCCCUAACCGUGUGUGUGUGUGUGUGUGUGUGUGUGUGUGUGUGUGUGUGUGAACAUGCAAAAGUACAGCUACAAAAAUAAGUUUGUGCCCCUUUCAAUACAAUCCCUGUUACAUUCUCUACUAGCCCACUUCUUUAAUUUACUGGGAUUUUUCCAAUGGGGGAUGUAGGCUUGGCAGCCAUAAGAACCAUUUACCUUAGCAGGUAUUUUUGUUUUUGUUUUUUAAAAGUAGUAGUAGUUAAAGAGUUGAGGAGGGACAGAAACAAAACAAGGAAAGGAAACUGGGGGAAAUAAGAGAAAAAGGUUGAGGACCUAAAUUUGAGCAGACAGACCCAGGCUCAAAUCUCCACUUAGCCAUGAAGCUUAGUGACAAAAGGUGCAAACUUUACAGGGGUCACGCUGUGCUCCCUGGGGGCUGAGAUACAAAGGUAAUAAAUAAAAGGAUCGACAGUAGAGGCCUCUUGAGACCAGAAAUAACCUGGAUACCUGUUAAAAGCAAUCUACGUUUUCCAACCCAAAGGCUGCAUUAUACCAAUGGCAAAAAUGGAUGGAAGAAAUGGGAAUUUUGGGUUUGUGCAGUGGGGCAGUUUCCACACAGACUUACACCCCUCUCUAUCUUCCAUCCAGACAAGAAAGAGGCAUUGUCAGAGUUCAAAGACACACCUGAGUCAGGCAAACAGUCAAGGAGGGUGUGACGUGAGGCAGGUGAGGGGGUGUGACUUGGAGAAAGAGGGUGUGAUCUAGGGAAAGUCCUAAGGGCUUGGGGGCGGGGUUGGAGGGCCACAUUUGGCCCUCAGUUCUCCAUCCCUCACAUUAAAAAAAAAAAAUAGAAAGACCAAAACAGGUGCCCUGACUUCUAUACUAUGAAACCCCAUUCCCCUCUCUCAAAGGAUCCUGGGUAAUCGCCCAGUACCACUCUGUUCUCUCUGCUACUCAUCAUUUAGGAGUCCUGCCUGUCAGUUGGCUCAUUAGCUCCCAGUUCAUAAAUCUUAUCCAGAACCAACUUCUAAGGUUCUCUCUGGGGAAGCCAUGACGGAUGAAAAGAGUGUAAAAACAGCUAAACAUGUAGCACAGGUGUCUCUUUAGCUUCCAGCUUCCCCUGGCUCAAAGCUGCUUGCUAACAUAUCCCGCUAUAUUUCAAGAGGACAGGGGGGUGACUUGCAGGCCCUGAUAAUAAACAUACUUACUUGGAAGCAAAUACCAUACAGAACUCUAUGGGACUUGCUUCCAGGUGAGCAGGCUUAGAACUGCACUUUCCCUGGAUUGGGGUCACUGAGCCUGCAAUUUUUUUCGUCCGAAAGGUUAGCCCAGUAUGGCUACUACAGCAUUUAAUCAGCACAUUCUUCCUUGUUUCCUCUGCUCCUGUUGAAAGUUAAUACUUUCUCAGUCCAUAUCCCGCCUUUCCCAAAAGUAUAUUUAAAAUGUAAACCUUACAAAUCCCGCCCCCCACCUCCCCCUCUGCUUGUUCCGGAGGAGAGGGCUGGGUGGGCUAACAGAGAUAUCUAGAGUUGGCAUCAUUUCUAGAAGUGGACUUUUAUGCAUCUCUGUUGAUUUCCUUCCUCUGACACUAGAAUAUUUCAUUUCUUCAAAAGAAAGGAGGGGUAACUUUCUAGGGAGCGGGUGGCAGGUAGUUAAUUUACUAAUGGGGGAACAUGUUUAAAUUUAUGUACUGUGUCUGUUUUUCAAUAAAGGACAUUGUGUGAAACAUA